AGUCUUGCACAGGUGUACCGGCUCCUCCCCUCCAGUCUUGCACAGGUGUACCGGCUCCUCCCCUCCAGUCUUGCACAGGUGUACCGGUUCCUCCCCUCUAGUCUUGCACAGGUGUACCGGCUUCUCCCCUCCAGUCUUGCACAGCUGUACCGGCUCCUCCCCUCCAGUCUUGCACAGGUGUACCGGCUCCUCCCCUCCAGUCUUGCACAGGUGUACCAACUCCUCCCCUUCAGUCUUGCACAGGUGUACCGGCUCCUCCCCUUCAGUCUUGCACAGGUGUACCGGCUCCUCCCCUUCAGUCUUGCACAGGUGUACCGGCUCCUCCCCAUCAGUCUUGCACAGUUGUACCAGCUCCUCCCCUUUAGUCUUGCACAGGUGUACCGGCUCCUCCCCAUCAGUCUUGCACAGGUGUACCGGCUCCUCCCCUUUAGUCUUGCACAGGUGUACCGGCUCCUCCCCUUUAGUCUUGCACAGGUGUACCGGCUCCUCCCCUUUAGUCUUGCACAGGUGUACCGGCUCCUCCCCUUCAGUCUUGCACAGGUGUACCGGCUCCUCCCCUUCAGUCUU